CAUACCGUGUCUGUGAUCCACUUGAAAUGAUGUAUUGUGUGAAACCAUUGUUGAAAACCAUCAAUCAGGCAUUCUCUGACCACUGUCACAUGUGUACGGUACCAUGCAACAGCACGCAGUACAACGUGCAGCUCUCCUACACAACCAUUCCGAACAACAACAUAGAAGCGGCUUUUGCUACGAAAUACAAUCUGCCCACUGGUAGCAACUACAUAAAGGACAACAUCGUGGCCCUUGACAUCUAUUAUGAAGAGCUUAAUCUUGAGACAAUGGAGCAAAAGAAAGCUGUGGAAGAAUCCGGGCUUCUCAGCGAUAUCGGAGGACAACUUGGAUUAUUUAUGGGAUUCAGCGCCUUGACCUUUCUGGAAUUUUUUGAAUACAUUAUUUUAAAAUUCCGAAGGAUAACCCAAAGGAAGAAACGGAUCAAACCUCUAGCGUAAAGUAAUAUGCGCAACAGUAGCUAGCAGACGUUGACACAAUGGGGAGUGGGGAUAUAUAUAUUUACAGUCAAUCAUGUAAUUAUUUGAAAUAUCAAACUGAAAACGAUCAAAAAAUCCUUCCAUAACACAUAUUACCUAAUCAUUUGGCUCUGUCAGUUCCAGUUUGCAUGGUUUUUAUGGAUGCCACUUCAAAGAAUGAAAGUGUCAGACAAAAUACAGACCAUCAUAUCCACGUGAAAAAAAUCUAAUGGCACCAAGAUGCAUUUAAAUGGGGGAAAAGAAUGCCAAUACAUAAACGAUCACGCACACCUGAAGCAAGAUACAUGAUGGCGCGACCAGCCAUGGCGUGAAGAUGAACAAUUAUCCAUCACAACACCUCUGAAAUAUGAAUGACUGACGAUACCUGGAGACAACAUGUUUUCCAGUAGAUCACUGUGGGAAAAACAGGAAUG